AUGAAAGCUGCCCGUUAUGGUGAGUGGCCACUUUCAUUGUUGGCUAAUGCCUUCAAUGGACUCGAUGCUUCGAAGACCGUUGUUCCUGUUGUUGGAGGACAUGCUGGAACGACUAUCAUUCCCUUGCUCUCACAGGUUACACCGAAAGUCAGCUUCACGGAAGAUGAAAUCAUGAAAUUGACGCCAAAGAUCCAAGAUGCCGGAACCGAAGUCGUUAAAGCAAAGGCUGGAGCG